GCAAGCCCGCCCCAGCUGCCCAGCGGAGCGGACCUUCCAGAGCCAGGAAACUGAGCCCAGGGUCGUCCCUCCACCCCUCCCCCGCGCGGGCCACACACGGUGUCAGUGUCUUUUGAAGAUAUCUCUAUGGACUUCACCAAAGGCGAGUGGAAGCUUCUGGAUUUCAGGCAAAAGAUCCUCUAUAGACAAGUGAUGCUGGAGAACUACCACCACUUGGUGUCUCUGGGACUCACAUCCUCUAAGCCUGACCUGGUUGCCUGGUUGGAACGAGGCAAGCAGCCCUUGCUAGCAACCCCCUGCACGUGGGGCACAGCAGUGCAGGAAGGUGACAGGCUUAAGAGCAAGCCACGGGUUUCCAAGCAGAAUCCUGGCCCCAAAGAACCACAAGAGACCAAUCGCCCACAUGGCGGUGAGGGCCAGCCGGCUGGCCAACCAGAGAGAGCACUAACUCCCGGAGGGAAACAGGCUGAUGCUCCAAAGCCAGGUUCUGUGGGGGGUGGUCCUGGCAGCAAGAAGGACCCAGGCGGCCCUGCAGCUAAGGGAGGAGAGAGCGUGCUGGCGAGCAAGCGCCCAGAGAGGCAGAGAGCGCGCCCAAGGCCCAAGCGCCCCCAAAACACCGAUAAGCUCUUCCUCUGUGAGCAGUGCGGGAAGUGCUUCAACCGCAGCUCCAACCUCAUCAAGCACUGGAUCAUCCACAGCGCCGAGAAGCCGUACGAGUGCUCCGUGUGCGGGAGGCUGUUCCGGAGGAGCUCCGCCCUCCAGGAGCACCAACGCAUCCACAGCGGUGAGAAGCCCUACAGCUGCACGGAGUGCGGGAAGACGUUCACCCGCAGCUCCAACCUCAUCAAACACCAGGUCAUCCACAGCGGGGAGAAGCCCUUCAAGUGUCCUGAGUGUGGGAAACUCUUCCGCCGCAGCUUUGCGCUCCUGGAGCACCAGCGCACCCACAGCGGCGAGCGGCCGUAUGCCUGCCCUGAGUGCGGCAAGUCCUUCAGCCGGAGCUCCAACCUCAUUGAGCACCGGCGAAUCCACAGCGGCAAGAAGCCGUACACGUGCAGCGAGUGUCCCAAGGCCUUCAAGGGCAUCUCCCAGCUCAUCCACCACCAGAACGUCCACAGGGGAGAGAAGGCGUUCUCAUGCCAGGAGUGUGGGAAGGCCUUCCAGGGCCGCUCAGGCCUCAGCCAGCACCGGCGCGUGCACAGAGACGAGCAGCCCUACAAGUGCAGCCGCUGUGGGAAAGUCUUCAGCAGACGCCCCAACCUCCUCAAACACCAGCUGCUUCACGACAAGGAGCAGCCCGGCCCCUGCUAGCCACCACACGAUCGCAAGGAACAGUCUGCGGCGAGAGAGGCAAGUUUUUCGAGGAGCCCAAGGGUCA